GGAAGCUGAGUUGUUUACAUUGUCCAAGAUGGCGGCGGGGAUGUACCUGGAGCAUUAUCUGGACAGCAUAGAGAACCUGCCCUUCGAGCUGCAGAGGAACUUUAAUCUGAUGAGGGAUCUGGACCAGCGCACCGAGGAUCUGAAGGGACAGAUUGACUCUCUGGCUAAAGAAUACACAGCCAACGCCAGGACUCUGUCCUCGGAGCAGAAGCUGUCCAUCUUGAGGCAGAUCCAGCAGUCCUACAGUAAAUGUAAAGAGUUUGGGGAUGAUAAGGUGCAGCUGGCCAUGCAGACCUAUGAAAUGGUGGACAAACACAUCAGACGCCUGGACACGGACUUGGCUCGGUUCGAAGCCGACCUGAAGGAGAAGCAGAUCGAAAGCACAGACUACGAUUCCACCUCCAGUAAGGGGAAGAAAGCAGACACCAGACAGAAGGAGAAGAAAACAGCUAAAACAAGGUCCAAAGUGAAGAGUUCAGAUGAAGAUGGAAGUCCUAAGAGCGCACAGAAGAAAGUCAAACUCCUGCAACCAGGAGAAUUCAACAGUCCUUCCGCUAACUUUGGGAACGUGCACCCGUCUGAUGUUCUGGACAUGCCGGUGGAUCCAAACGAACCCACCUACUGUCUGUGCCAUCAGGUCUCCUACGGCGAGAUGAUUGGCUGCGACAACACCGACUGCUCCAUCGAGUGGUUCCACUUCGCCUGCGUGGGCCUGACGACCAAACCAAGAGGAAAAUGGUACUGUCCACGCUGCUCUCAGGACAGGAAGAGGAAAUAAAGUCACCUGUUGUCCUGGAUGGAAAACCAGAAGAAUAUUUCUUCAUUAGUUACUAGAACUUUCUGUUUCUCAUCUUCCUUAACAUUUGGUGCUUUUGUUUUUUUUGUUUUUCUUGGUUUACAUUCUUGCCUUGGUCUGAUGCAGUGUGUGUGUGAAGGAGCCGAGCGGUUACAAGUCUAUUUAAAUUUAGAAUUUUUAAAACGGUUAACAUUAAUUUUCAUUGUUUUCGUUACCUUUGGUGCUCUUAUUGUGACUUAUUUUUUUUACAUUUUGUUUUGUGAGUGAAUAUUAAACACUACAACUGCCCCCGAUGCUUCAACAGCCCAACUUUCCACCAAACUCUAAACUGUGUUCACACGUACAACUGCAAAACUGUAAGUAUUUUCUCUGAAAACAGGCCAUGGCUGGUUUUUAUGCUUCGUUGUCUGGUUAGUUUCUCGUGCUUAGCCUUGGAACACUAGUUUUAUUUUUUAAGUAUAACAAGAGGGCAGAUAUGAUUAUGAAGACAAAUGCUGCAUCCCAACAGUAUUAGUCAUCCGUGGUAGUGAGUUGAACCAUUUCAUUCUAACAUUUGACUGAGUGCUGCAUAGAAAGUAAGACAUUUCUUGAAAAGUAUUGUCAUUCUGUAGCUGAAACAUUGGUAUUGGGGAGAAAAGGGGUGAUUGUGUUGUCAAUCAUUUGAAUACAGCUACUACCUCAAAAAAAA